UUCUCCUUGCCAACUUCCAAAAACGCCAAGGGGCAUUCUCUCCUUAUUUUGGGUAAUUUUAUAAAUGUAACCCAAAGGAUUUACUGUGUAUUUGAACUUGACAUUUAUUUGGUCCUUCGAGCCGGAUUGCGAAAUACUAGGAGUUCCCAGAGGCAGAGUCGACAUCCAGUCGAGUCCGUGCAUGGCCCUGGUUUGUGAGGUACUGGCCUCGCCUACGCAUCUGGGGACCGAAGGUUGAAGCAAAGCCAAAGGACUGAAGCCGAGUGAUACGAUUUGUGCGGCUGACUAAUUUUAAGGGCGACGGUGUCCUGUACGUAAUUUAAAAAACUCUGUAAAAGACAGAGUAGUCAAUAAAACUAACAGACAGAGAAGUCUAUAAAACUGUAAAUAAAACCUUGAGAAUACUAGUCCCUAUCAAGUAAAGAGACAGUGCAUUACGACCACCAAAAUCUGAUCUUGAACCAAUUCUUUUUUCAGUCCUAGUACUACAAAAGAGUACCAACAUCCAGAAACGUUGGAAAAACAUCAACACAGCCGAACAAACAUCAAAAUCACACCCUGAGAAGCUUUAUGCUAGAAAUUUUGAGUUGUGCGCUUAAAAUCCUAGUUCGACUGCCGCAUGAAACAACAGAAGCACAGCGAAGUCACGCCCAUUAUGGUCAUUAACAUCUGGAGCACAGCAGAGGACAACAAUGGCUCACAAGUGACCACAUGACCAAAGUGAGGCGAGAAAGCAAGAGACGGAGCGAGUCAGAGGGCUGAUGCUGGAUGAAAGCUGAAAGUCCAAAAUCAGAUCAAGGAAUACACUUUUUCAGAAGACUCGGCAUAUUUGGGGACGAGAAAAGUCUACGUGGCAAGACACAUAGAGAGAACCCUUGAGCCAUCAUGGAUGAAACUUCGACAAUUGCAACAACUUAACCAGAAACCAUUUCCAACAUCAUGUGAGUUCAAGCAGUACCACACGGCUUAUCCAUCAACAUGAGGGUUCCUUUGGUUCUUCUCGUGAGCUUCUUGUCCUACACCAUGGCUCUGCACUCAGCCAAUAAGAUCCCGACCCCCACACACCGCCCCUCCAAGCUGAAGUAUCUCCUGGAACCGCCUGUUUACGCCGAAGUUGUCGGCCGACGGGGUGAGAACGCCACAUUGCCGUGCAUCCUGAAAUUCAAGCCCGACCACUACAAAGUCAAGUGGACCAAGCUAGAGCCGGGUCGCAUUGGCCCGGAGAACAUCGUGAUGAUUUCCAACGCGCACGCCUUCAAGCGGCACGGCCGGCUGGGCCCUCGCGCAAACCUCCGCCGGGCCCACAACAUGGACGCCUCCUUGCAGCUCGGAACGCUUCAACUGGGAGACGGCGGCCGAUACAGGUGCGAGCUCAUCAACGAUAUCGACGAUGAGAGUGUGGUGGUCACGCUGAGGAUCGAAGGCGUGGUUUUCCCGUAUCAGAGCCCAAAGGGCCGCUACGCAAUGACGUUUCACGAAGCCGAGGUGGCGUGCGAAGAGCAAGACGGAAUGCUGGCAUCCUAUGAGCAACUCUACAGAGCUUGGACGGAGGGUCUGGAUUGGUGCAAAGUGGGCUGGCUGCAGGACGGAAGCGUGCGCUACCCCAUCAUAAGCCCUCGGCCCGCCUGCGGAGCGCAAGCCCGACCCGGCAUUCGUACCUACUCCCCCAAAGACAAGAAGAGAGACCGUUUCGACGCAUUCUGCUUCACCUCUUUGACUGCAGGUUCCGUCUUCUACAUCCCGGGCGCGUUCUCCCUCGAGGCGGCAAGUGGCGCUUGUGGUCGACGUUCGGCCAAGCUUGCGCUGGUGGGGCACCUGUACGCCGCCUGGCGCUUCCGAGGCUACGACCGAUGCGACGGCGGCUGGUUGAGGGACGGCAGUGUGCGCUUCCCCAUCGGCGCCCCUAGGGAGCGAUGCGGGGGUGUCCCAGCGCCGGGGGUGCGCUCCUUCGGGUUCCCCAAUAAGACAUCGCAUAUUUAUGGAGCUUAUUGCUACAGGUAGUCUCAA